GGACCUUCCUAGGGAAAAUAGUUGAGGACAUUUGGCAAUUGGGAAAUAUACACAUCUUUAUUAAUUUACCCGUUGCACGUUUGCUGCUUUGCUUUCUCUUACACUCCUUUCUCUUCUUUUCGUUAUUCUUCUUGAUACCCGUUUGCCCUGACUCUUUCUUCGGGACUUAUUAUCCUUUACUUUCAUUUUGCAAUUGCCCUCCGAGAUUCCCCUGCAGCAUCUGGAAAUCUGCAACAACGAAUCGCUAAACGAUGGCGAGAACAAAACAAGCUGAACCGUUGCGUCGCAAUCCAUCUUCCGAAUACACGAGCAAAGCAGAUGGCACUGGGGCGAGAACGUUGAGUUCUAAGAAAUCGAACAAGGAACUGAAUGGGAAUGCGCCGACAGUGAACGGGGCACUCAAAAGUGAUGCGCUAUUGAAAGGGAAGACACAAAAAGAAGCUGGCGCGUUGCAAUUGAUAUUCGCAGUUGCUGGAAUUUAUGGUAGCUUUCUUACUUGGGCACUUCUCCAAGAACGACUCACUACAACUGCAUACGGAUCAGAAAAUGCCCCCGAAAAGUUUAAGUUUCCAGUCUUUCUCAAUACGGUACAAUCUCUUUUCGCUGCCACUGUAGGCUACAUUUACCUACGAUUCGACACUCCCGCCAAUAGCAAAACGCUGCCCAUCUUCCCAAGUCAACGGAUUAUCUUUCCCCUUCUCGUUGUGGCUAUUACCUCUUCGCUCGCCUCCCCCUUUGGCUAUGCAUCUCUCGAUCAUAUCGACUAUAUCACCUUCAUUCUCGCCAAAUCAUGCAAGUUACUACCAGUCAUGUUUCUUCACAUAACUCUCUUUGGAAAACGCUACCCAAUUUCUAAAUACGUCGUCGUCUUAGCCGUAACUUGUGGUGUCGGCAUCUUUACUCUUCAUGCAGGUGCUAAAUCUCAUGGAAAACCCAGCAAGGCGGCACUCAACCCAGAUCGUAACACUGCAUGGGGACUUUUGCUCCUAGGGGUGAAUCUUCUCUUCGAUGGUCUCACAAACACAACACAAGACUGGAUCUUCACAAGCUUCCAACCUUACAAAGGUCCACAAAUGAUGUGUGCAAAUAAUAUCAUAAGCACUUUACUCACAACAUCAUACUUGUUAUUGUCACCAUAUCUUGUUCACACGGGAUUGGGAGAGUAUCUAGGUAUGGAUCUUGCAAGUGGAGCAGGAGAAUUGGCUGGAGCAUUGGCUUUUAUGCAAAGACAUCCAAGUGUUUGGAGAGAUGUACUUGGAUUCGCAGCUUGUGGUGCUGUGGGACAGGUUUUCAUCUUUUACACACUCUCAACAUUCUCAUCUCUUCUUCUAGUGACCAUAACUGUUACUCGCAAGAUGCUCACUAUGAUCUUAUCAGUAGUAUGGUUUGGUCAUACACUAGGCAGCAAACAGUGGAUGGGUGUGGGAUUGGUGUUUGGAGGAAUUGGAGCUGAAGGUGUCAUUGCGAGAAGAGAAAAGGCAGCUAAGGAAAAGAAGAAGUUGGUUGAGUCGAAGAAGGAAUUGUAGACACGACGAUGAGUGUAUGAUAUUGGAGUAGUCAGGUGAUUUUAGAAUAUAAAAUCAACUAUCAAAGAUUGAUUGGGGGCGUUUGGAUUAUAUAGUACCAUGAUUAUUGGUAUUGAUUGGCAAGGAAGGAUUAGAAUUUUAUGAGUGGUUUAGAAAUAGACAACUAAAGAAUGUUUUCGCAUUACCAACAUUUGGCUUACUAUGGAUUCCAAUGUACAACAAAUAGAAAACAACUAAAAACCUCA